UGUUGUGUUCACACGCGGUUUUGUCAGAUCUCGCGAGAGCAGCGAGCAUUCAGCUCCAUUACUUCGUCUUUUUGCUGCCAGCCAUGGCUUGAAAGCUUCAUUCUGUCACCUACCGGACUGUAGAAUGUAGUGUGGGCCUUAGGACAGAGGGAGGAAACCCGGUUAAGAACUUGUUCUACCUGACUAAGAUGUUCUACAAGUCUGCCGGAAAUAGAAAGAAGAAGGAAGAGAAGGAGGAGGAAAAAAAGCAAGAUGGCGUUUGGGAGAGAAGGCUUAAACAUGGGUGUUAUAGUUCUGUAUUUUUAAUCAGUGCAUACAUGUGCACACAUAUGUCGUUUUAUAGAGUAAACAUCGUCAAUAAUUGUUUGUAUCCGGAUACAUUAGUCCGAGCGCAUUUUGACGCGUCUUAGCUUGUUAGCUGCUAACAGAGACGCGACACAUCUGCGCGGAUUAAAAACACAACAUUAGUGAUCAAAACACAUCGCUUGGUUAAGAUCAAGUGUGAGUGUAAAGUGUUGUGAUUGUGUGAAAAAUGUGCGAAAAAACGAGAGCAGAGUACGAGGAGGAACUUUGUCCGACAAAAGAGGAGAAGGAGCGACAACGUCAACUACUGGACGCUGUUUUCAAGAAACAUCAAGUUGUGUCACACAGAGCAGGUUGUCCUCUGCAUUCGACCCAUCCCCUUUUACAACCCCUGGGAGGUGAGGGGAGCAGUGAGCAGCAGCGGUGGCCACGCCCAGGAAUCAAUUGUGGCGAUUUAACCCCCAAUUCCAACCCUUGAUGCUGAGUGCCAAACAGGGAGACGUCUACCAACAGCAUCUUCUCCCUGAGCAACCGGAGUGGCGCUCCAGGAUGGAGCGAGAGGAGCCACAGAUCCCGCACUACAAAGAGGAAGAGGAGGACCCCCUGACCUCCCAUUUUAAAGAGGAAGAGGAGGAACACAGCAUCAGUCAGGAGGGAGAGCACCCUGAAUGGUUGGAGGAGUUCCCAGUGAUUGGUGUGAUUGUGAAGAGUGAAGAUGACGAGGUCGACAGUGAGAGUGAGGAGAAGAGAGAGGCGGAGCCUCCGAGCAGCAGCUCAACAGAAGCUGAUGGAGACCACUGUGGAGGAUCACAAGCAGACAAGCUCUUAGCUCCACUAUCAGAUAGUGAGGACACAACGUCACACUCUCCUGACUCUGAUGAUGAAGACUCUAAAGAUGAUAAGACAUGUCACACUGACAACACACACUUCACGUGCUCCCACUGCGACAAAACCUUUAAAUACCAUUGUCGCCUGAAAGUACACAUGAGAAAACACACCGGUGAAAAACCUUUUUGUUGUUCAAUCUGCGGUAAAGACUACACUCAAAGACAGCAUUUGAAGACGCACAUGAGAACACACACCGGUGAAAAACCCUUUUCCUGCUCAUUCUGCGGCAAAGGUUUCAAGCAAAGUCACAAUUUGAAAAUACACACGAGAAUACACACGGGAGAAAAACCCUUUUCAUGUUCAGUCUGUUGCAAGGAUUUUGUACAAAGACAGGAUUUGAAAGUGCACAUGAGAACACACACCGGAGACAAACCGUUCAUGUGUUCGUUUUGCAGCAAAAGAUUCUCCGUCAAGGCCAAUUUGAUCAUGCACACAAAAAUACACACCGGCGAAAAGCCUUUCAUCUGUCCAGUCUGCGGUAAAGCUAUCACACAAAGCCGCAACUUAAAAAGGCACAUGAGAACGCACACCGGAGAUAAAUGUUUUUCGUGUUCAGUCUGUGGCAAAGGUUUCGUACAAAGUGGUGAGUUGAAAGUACACAUGAGAAUACACACCGGAGAAAAACCUUUUAUCUGUACAAUCUGUGGUAAAGAUUUCGUAACCAGUCAACAAUUGAAAGAACACAUCAGAACGCACAGCGGAGAAAAAACAUUUGCGUGUUCAAUCUGCGACAAAAGUUUUUGUCACCCUCGAAGCCUCGUGGUACACACGAGAAUGCACACUGGCGAGAAAACAUACUCGUGCACAAUAUGCAACAAAACCUUUGGUCGCCAUAGAAACUUCGUGGUACACAUGAGAACGCACACCGGAGAGAAAGUGUUUAGUUGCAGUGUGUGUGGGGAAAGAUUCUCUUAUAAGUACCAGUGUGAGAAACACAAAUGUGCUGGGGAGAACGGCGGCAACAAAUGAAGAUGCAGGAUUUGAAAUAAACCGUCUUUCUAACAAGAUCCGCACAUAUAACGUGUGUGACAUCGUUGUUGUGUUUGCAACACAAUCACUGUAAAAUGAUUCUACUUUGUAUAGCAGGGGUCGGGAACCUUUUUGGCUGAGGGAGCCAAGAAUCCAAAUAUUUUAAAAUGUUUUUCCGUAAGAGCCAUAAAAAAUGUUUUCAACACUGAACAACUAAAUGUGUGCAUUUUUAAGUCAGACCAACAUUUCUAGAGUAUAAUAGGUCUCUUAUUCUUUGUAAUAACAUUGUUAUUCUGAAGCUAACUGUGGAGGGGCGUGGCCUGCGGGCCUGCAGCGAAGCGGGGUGUUGCCAGGAUCGGCCUCGAAAUUAGCGACAGACGCGUAGAUGGCCCACCUUUGCCUUGUUAUCUAAUGACCUGUCGCUCUGUUAUAAGCAGCAGCCAGGAGGAGAGACGGGGUUGGGGCUGGAGCCAGAGCGCGAACGAAAAAGGAAAAGACAAUUGCUAGGAAGCAACUGAGGGACUUAUUGAAAAAUAAAACAAUAUUGUAACCCUGAAACAGGCUCUCAUGUCGGUGCUUGGUGGUCUGAAGAACCCCCAGGAAGGCAAGCCCCACACUAACCAAUAAUAAAUACAUAACUUCUUACCAUUAACGCAACUUCUUGAACAGGUGCGGUAGAAACGGAUGGAUGGAUUCAAAACACAUGAGAAUGUUUUAUAUUUUGAACGUUAUUUUUAACACUGUGAUUACAAGUGGAAUUAUUCAUUACUUAUCGUGUUACGCAAUGUCAGCUCAGAUUUUAUCUGAGUGCCAGAUCUGGCUCUAGAGCCAUAGGUUCCCUACCCCUGUUGUAUAGAGUCAAUAUUUUAGAUAUUUUUUCUCCUGGAAGCAUAUUAUUAUUUAGUUAAUAAAUCAUUUUAGCAGUUUUAUACAAGAUCAUUUAUUUAAAAAAUGUCUAUAUUAGUGAAUCAUUUGUUGGGUGUUGAUAACCAAUUCUAUUAUCUUAUUACGCUGUAAUGUAAUAUAUUGUUUUGUGAUUGUUUCAUAUGUAUGUCUAAGACUUUUAUGCAUCCAGCAAUGUAUGCUUCAACAAAAAUUGGGUACAAUAAAUGUAGUUGAUAUGUG